AUGGAUUGUACACCUGACUCGUCCGGCGAAGACGACGACGGCCACCAGCAGAAUCGACGUAAGCGGACUGGCGAAGCCACCUCCGGGGCGGACGAGGGCUUUCGGAAGCCGCUGAAGAAAAAAAUUUCGAAGCAGCGGCCAGACGCGGACGCGGUGCCAACGUCCAACCGCUAUGACGUCAUCCAGGAUGGCGCGGACGACGGUCAACUGCCACCACAGCAGCAGCAGGGGGCACAGCAGCAGCAGGGGCCGGAGAGGCAAGAACCUCUUCCGGCUCCUCAGCCGGAGAGGCAAGAACCUCUUCCGGCUCCUCAGCCGGAGAAGCAACAGCCUCCUCCGGCUGCUCAGCCGGAGAAGCAACAGCCUCCUCCGGCUGCUCAGCUGGAGAAGCAACAGCCUCCUCCGGCUGCUCAGCUGGAGAAGCAACAGCCUCCUCCGGCUGCUCAGCUGGAGAAGCAACAGCCUCCUCCGGCUGCUCAGCUGGAGAAGCAACAGCCUCCUCCGGCUGCUCAGCUGGAGAAGCAACAGCCUCCUCCGGCUGCUCAGCUGGAGAAGCAACAGCCUCCUCCGGCUGCUCAGCUGGAGAAGCAACAGCCUCCUCCGGCUGCUCAGCUGGAGAAGCAACAGCCUCCUCCGGCUGCUCAGCUGGAGAAGCAACAGCCUCCUCCGGCUGCUCAGCUGGAGAAGCAACAGCCUCCUCCGGCUGCUCAGCUGGAGAAGCAACAGCCUCCUCCGGCUGCUCAACGAAGGCGAGGAGACGAAGGCGAGGAGACGAAGGCGAGGAGACGAAGGCGAGGAGACGAAGGCGAGGAGACGAAGGCGAGGAGACGAAGGCGAGGAGACGAAGGCGAGGAGACGAAGGCGAGGAGACGAAGGCGAGGAGACGAAGGCGAGGAGACGAAGGCGAGGAGACGAAGGCGAGGAGACGAAGGCGAGGAGACGAAGGCGAGGAGACGAAGGCGAGGAGACGAAGGCGAGGAGACGAAGGCGAGGAGACGAAGGCGAGGAGACGAAGGCGAGGAGACGAAGGCGAGGAGACGAAGGCGAGGAGACGAAGGCGAGGAGACGAAGGCGAGGAGACGAAGGCGAGGAGACGAAGGCGAGGAGACGAAGGCGAGGAGACGAAGGCGAGGAGACGAAGGCGAGGAGACGAAGGCGAGGAGACGAAGGCGAGGAGACGAAGGCGAGGAGACGAAGGCGAGGAGACGAAGGCGAGGAGACGAAGGCGAGGAGACGAAGGCGAGGAGACGAAGGCGAGGAGACGAAGGCGAGGAGACGAAGGCGAGGAGACGAAGGCGAGGAGACGAAGGCGAGGAGACGAAGGCGAGGAGACGAAGGCGAGGAGACGAAGGCGAGGAGACGAAGGCGAGGAGACGAAGGCGAGGAGACGAAGGCGAGGAGACGAAGGCGAGGAGACGAAGGCGAGGAGACGAAGGCGAGGAGACGAAGGCGAGGAGACGAAGGCGAGGAGACGAAGGCGAGGAGACGAAGGCGAGGAGACGAAGGCGAGGAGACGAAGGCGAGGAGACGAAGGCGAGGAGACGAAGGCGAGGAGACGAAGGCGAGGAGACGAAGGCGAGGAGACGAAGGCGAGGAGACGAAGGCGAGGAGACGAAGGCGAGGAGACGAAGGCGAGGAGACGAAGGCGAGGAGACGAAGGCGAGGAGACGAAGGCGAGGAGACGAAGGCGAGGAGACGAAGGCGAGGAGACGAAGGCGAGGAGACGAAGGCGAGGAGACGAAGGCGAGGAGACGAAGGCGAGGAGACGAAGGCGAGGAGACGAAGGCGAGGAGACGAAGGCGAGGAGACGAAGGCGAGGAGACGAAGGCGAGGAGACGAAGGCGAGGAGACGAAGGCGAGGAGACGAAGGCGAGGAGACGAAGGCGAGGAGACGAAGGCGAGGAGACGAAGGCGAGGAGACGAAGGCGAGGAGACGAAGGCGAGGAGACGAAGGCGAGGAGACGAAGGCGAGGAGACGAAGGCGAGGAGACGAAGGCGAGGAGACGAAGGCGAGGAGACGAAGGCGAGGAGACGAAGGCGAGGAGACGAAGGCGAGGAGACGAAGGCGAGGAGACGAAGGCGAGGAGACGAAGGCGAGGAGACGAAGGCGAGGAGACGAAGGCGAGGAGACGAAGGCGAGGAGACGAAGGCGAGGAGACGAAGGCGAGGAGACGAAGGCGAGGAGACGAAGGCGAGGAGACGAAGGCGAGGAGACGAAGGCGAGGAGACGAAGGCGAGGAGACGAAGGCGAGGAGACGAAGGCGAGGAGACGAAGGCGAGGAGACGAAGGCGAGGAGACGAAGGCGAGGAGACGAAGGCGAGGAGACGAAGGCGAGGAGACGAAGGCGAGGAGACGAAGGCGAGGAGACGAAGGCGAGGAGACGAAGGCGAGGAGACGAAGGCGAGGAGACGAAGGCGAGGAGACGAAGGCGAGGAGACGAAGGCGAGGAGACGAAGGCGAGGAGACGAAGGCGAGGAGACGAAGGCGAGGAGACGAAGGCGAGGAGACGAAGGCGAGGAGACGAAGGCGAGGAGACGAAGGCGAGGAGACGAAGGCGAGGAGACGAAGGCGAGGAGACGAAGGCGAGGAGACGAAGGCGAGGAGACGAAGGCGAGGAGACGAAGGCGAGGAGACGAAGGCGAGGAGACGAAGGCGAGGAGACGAAGGCGAGGAGACGAAGGCGAGGAGACGAAGGCGAGGAGACGAAGGCGAGGAGACGAAGGCGAGGAGACGAAGGCGAGGAGACGAAGGCGAGGAGACGAAGGCGAGGAGACGAAGGCGAGGAGACGAAGGUUACACAAAUUGAUGAAUGUUAG